AAAUAUAAUUUACUUGACUACUAUUUCUACAAGUGAGAAUAAGGCUCUUUGCUGUCAUAAACAAACAAUGCAAGCUUAGGCUUACAAUGCCUCAUUGACAUGUUUGGUUUUCAAACAGAGCAUGAAUGCAGGUGUCUUCACAAUUCAGAGAAACUUGCGAGCGGUGUGCACAUUAAUUUAGUGUAUACUAUAGGGCUAUCCUUGACUAAAGAAAUUUUUAGGAGACUAAAACUCAUAUGAUUUUGGAAUAAUCUAUUACUUGACUUAAUCGACAGAUCUGAGUUUCUCCACAAAGAAUCAUGCAAAAAUACCACUUUAAAUCUGGAGUUUACCAGAGUUUAGUCAUACGUUUCUUGGAAAUAUGUCAUUCAGUAUGAAAAAGCUUUAAAAAAUGAUUAAUCGACUAAAAAAAUCUAAGUCGACUAAGAUCAAAAUGACCAAUCAGUCAACUUAUCGAUUAAGAGGGGCCAGCCCUUGUAAACUAGCUUUAGGUUGUGUACCCUUUGAACUAUGCUGCAACAUGCAUGGCUACAAAGUCUGUCAGAUACUACUCUUUUUUUGUUCACCCAGUCGGGGGGGAAUAAACAUCUUCCGAGACAAAUGCACAGCUGGAUGAUCAGUAGUUGGAUGUGUCCUGUGGUCCAUUCAAGUCAAUCAUUACACACAAGGUACACAACUCCAGUCAGUCUCUGGUCAGAUUUCUGCUUCACUGCAUGACUGCUGAGCUGGAGAGCACAUAACAGGCUUCCACAGGAAUCCACAGGCUUUAUAUCCCGUUUACAACCUUCACAGGCAGUUUCUGCUGCGACCCACUGAACUGUCCAUGGCCCGUGUUCUUUCCCUGUUUCGGCCUCAACCUUUUCUGGCCCUGGUGAGCAGAAGAAAACCUACAUUGUGCAAAAUGUCAAUGGACUCAAGGGCACGCAAGGUGUUUGCAGCUGCAGUGGAAGCUGUGCAGCCAGACACGGUGGUCCGGCAGAGUAUGGAGCGCAAGGAGGACUCAGUCAUUAUUAAUGGUCACAAAUUUACACUCAAAAACAACCUUCACUUGGUGGGCUUUGGAAAAGCUGUACUGGGUAUGGCUGCCGAGGCAGAGAGGAUUGUGGGGGAUCAUUUAGUGAAAGGAGUAAUAAGCGUGCCACAUGGGAUUCAGCAGACAUUACAGCAGCAUGGAAAAGACCAUCUCAUGUUAAAAGAAAACAGUCGCAUCAGAGUAAUGGAGGGAGCUAAACACAACUUGCCUGACGUUGAUGCCCAGAAGGCAGCUGAAGCGAUCAAGCAGUUAGCCAGUGAACUGACAGAGAAAGACCUGCUGCUUGUACUGAUUUCAGGUGGAGGCUCUGCGCUAUUACCUGCACCCAUCCCACCAAUCUCAUUGCAAGAGAAACACGAUGUUACUCGCAAACUUGCAGGUGCUGGUGCCACUAUUCAAGAGCUGAACACUGUGCGACGUGCCCUGUCUUUCUUAAAGGGUGGAGGGCUUGCGCAUUGUGCUCACCCUGCCCAGGUGGUUUCACUGAUAUUGUCCGAUGUAAUUGGGGACCCUGUGGACUUGAUAGCCAGCGGCCCCACAGUGUGGAGUGAGGUGUGGCCUGAAGAAGUUUUGUCAGUCCUUGAACGUUACAAGCUGUUGAACUCUCUACCAGCCUCAGUAAAGUAUGUCCUUGGGAGACCAAGUCCCAGGUGGAGGGAGAAUAAAGAUGAAUCCAAUACAUCAGGACAUGUUCUCAACGCUGUGAUUGGCUCCAACAGCAUUGCCCUGAAGUAUGCAGGUCGCCGUGCCCGAGAGUUAGGUUUCCGCCCUGUUGUGCUGGCACCAGGAGUGUGUGGCGAUGUAAGGUCAGUCUCCAGACUAUACGGCCUCCUGGCCCACUUUGCCUGUUCUCAAGAGGAACCUCCUCCAGAGAUUGCCGCUGAGCUGCUGAGGCUGGGGCCUGAAGUAGGUGUGGAGAGCUGGGACCUCUGCCGUACCAUGCAGGUCUUGGAUGAAGGGCGUACAGAAGGAUGGGGUUCCACGUGUCUCUUAGCUGGAGGUGAGCCCACUGUGGAGCUGACAGGCAACGGUCGAGGUGGUCGAAAUCAGGAGCUGGCUCUGCGAGUGGGACUGGAGCUGAGAGGCCUGAAGCUUCCGCCUAAUGGCCCUGUCUUCCUGAGUGGUGGAACUGAUGGUCAGGAUGGACCCACUGAGGCAGCAGGGGCCAUCACUGAUUGGGGGGUGUAUGAAGAGGCACAAGCAAAGGAGCUGGACAUUGACAACUUCCUUACCAACAAUGAUUCUUACACAUUUUUUACACGUCUUUCUGCUGGGCAGCGCUUACUUGUACCUGGCCUAACCUGCACCAAUGUGAUGGAUGUGCACAUGCUACUUAUCCCACCAAUUCACCAUUAA